AUGCAGCGUGAGCCUGGGAAGAAGAAGGUGGACAAGCGGCUGUUUGACGCCAAGUCCUUCGGAAAGGAUCUCCUGGCCGGCGGGGUCGCGGCGGCUGUGUCCAAGACGGCGGUGGCACCCAUCGAGCGGGUGAAGCUCCUGCUGCAGGUGCAGGCCUCGUCAAAGCAGAUCAGCCCCGAAGCUCGGUACAAAGGCAUGGUGGACUGUCUGGUGCGGAUUCCCCGUGAGCAGGGUUUUUUCAGUUACUGGCGUGGCAAUUUGGCAAAUGUUAUUCGGUAUUUUCCAACACAAGCUCUGAAUUUUGCUUUUAAGGACAAAUAUAAACAACUAUUUAUGUCUGGAGUUAAUAAAGAAAAACAGUUCUGGAGGUGGUUUUUGGCAAACCUGGCUUCUGGUGGAGCUGCUGGAGCAACAUCCUUAUGUGUAGUGUAUCCUCUAGAUUUUGCCCGAACCCGAUUAGGAGUCGAUAUUGGAAAAGGUCCUGAAGAGCGACAAUUCAAGGGUUUAGGUGACUGUAUUAUGAAAAUUGCAAAAUCAGAUGGAAUUGUUGGUUUAUACCAAGGGUUUGGUGUUUCAGUUCAGGGCAUCAUUGUAUACCGAGCCUCUUAUUUUGGAGCUUAUGACACAGUUAAGGGCUUAUUACCAAAACCAAAGGAAACCCCAUUUCUUGUCUCCUUUGUCAUUGCUCAAGUUGUGACUACAUGUUCUGGAAUACUUUCUUAUCCAUUUGACACAGUUAGAAGACGUAUGAUGAUGCAGAGUGGUGAGGCUGAACGGCAAUAUAAAGGAACCAUAGACUGCUUUAUGAAGAUAUACCAACAUGAGGGAAUCGGUGCGUUUUUUCGUGGUGCCUUCUCCAAUAUCCUUCGUGGUACAGGGGGUGCUUUGGUGUUGGUAUUGUAUGAUAAAAUUAAAGAAUUCCUUAAUAUUGAUAUUAAAGGUGGUUCAUCAGGAGAUUAA